AUGAAAUCAUCCUUUAGAGCUUUUAAUGAAGCUGCAUUGAAGCCGUUGAAAAUCGCAUUCUUUGGCAGUGAUCGCUUCAGUGUCAUCGCAUUAGAUCGGUUGACUAAGUAUUCGAAGACGAAUCCUCGUAAGAUAAGCUCUGUUGAUGUCAUAACAAGAAAAAGUAAAAGGACUGGCAGAGGAUUAAAGAAAUAUAAUGAUCUACCUAUUGAAAGCUACUGUGAGCAGAAUAGUAUCAAUCUUGCAAGGGCAGAUUCUGGAGAUGACAUAGUCAGUUUAUUGAGCGGUAAUCAAUUUGACCUUAGCAUUGCGGUAUCAUAUGGAUCACUCAUACCGGCAAAAUUUUUACAAAGCUGUAACUACGGGGGACUUAAUUUACAUCCCUCUCUUCUACCACGAUAUUCUGGAUCAUCUCCCAUCCAAUACGCCUUAAUGAAUGACGAUAGGGUCACUGGCGUCACCGUCCAGACUUUGCAUCCUUCAAAAUUUGAUGCUGGAGAAAUAAUACUACAAUCUGAUGAAGUUCGUAUAAAAGAAGAAGACAACUACAGAUCUCUCGUCGAAAGGCUAGGCAAACUUGGUAGCGACUUGCUUGUGAAAGUAAUUGACGGGGACCUAUUUAUUAAGCACCAACCUAUUGAGAGGCAUCACAGUUACUCAUUAGCAUCUAAAAUCAAGUCGGCAAGAAAAAUAAUAGAUUGGAAUUCUACCUCAAAACAGAUCAAGAGAUUGAAUGAUGCUCUAGGACCGUUAACGACCUACACGCGAGUUCAUAUACGUAAGAAAAAAAAGGACAUUGACAGCCUAUAUGUUACCAUUCUAGACGACAUAAAAAUAGUGGGAGGGGAAAGGAGCUGGAACAUCAAAGCUCCAGGUCUGUUUGAAUUAGAUGAGAUGAACAAUCUUUUAGUUCUUAAGACUAAAGAUGGGUAUAUCUCCGCGGGGAAGUUGAAGUUCCAGUAUUGCAAAGAGGAGGACCCAAAACAAUUUUUGGCACAUUUAAGAAAGAGAUCAGGAUCUGAUAAACAAAUCUUUGAGAGUAAAAUUAAAAUUUAG